CAAAUGAGGUUUCCUCGACGGUGAGAUGACGUCACGCCCCCUGUUGGCGGGACGGACGGACGGGACCCUGAAAGAUGUCUUCCUUCGUGACCGAGGUUCUCGUUUCGGCGGGCAAACUGGAGAAGGAGGAUUUAUCGACGAAAAUCAGCAAACUCUCUCGGCGCGUCGACGAUGUCAAGGGAGAGGUGUUCGACCUGGUGGCCAAAAAGUUCAAGACCUUCUCUCCCACCCUCGUCUCCUCCGAAGCCCUCGCCACCCAAGUGCAGGGCGUCUGCAAUGACCUCGACUCCCUGCGAGCCAGAGUUCAGCAGCAGGUACGCGGGGAGGCUCACAACGCCAUCACGGAAUUCUCGAGCCUGCGGGAGCAUCUGGAGAGCACCAACGCGGUGCUGUGCACGCUCAAGCAGCUGCACAAGGUGUACCAGUGUCUGGAGGGCUCGAGAGAGGCAUUGGGCGCUCAUAAAUAUCUGCUGUCUGCAAGAAGACUCCUCAAUGGCCAGCGUGCCGCGCUGCGCCUGCAGGAGGACCUGGGCAGGGACGUGCGGCUGCUGGCGGUCGUGCAGUCUGAGCUGGUGACGCAGCGAGAGAACCUCAUCAACCACCUCAACGAUGAGUGGAGGCAACGCGUCGUGUGGGCCGUGCCUCCCGGCAAGGAGCUGACCAGCGUGGAGCAAUGCCUGCACACGCAGCUUCGCCUGCUGGGACCGGGAGUCACCCGGGAGGAGUCGAGGGGUAGAGAGCCACCCUCAUCCCCCUCCUCCUCCCCCUUCAUCGUCUCCACCACCACUGCCACGUCAUCGCCGCCGUUGUCGCUGGCCGCCAUCCUCGCCGCCUACGGCGCGCUGGGGCUCCUGCACAAGAAGCUGAGACGAUUCGUGGAACCUCUGCACUCCUUCAUUCUGCGUCCCCUCAUCGUCUUCCCGGGUCUGGCCGUGAGCGCGGCCGACAACACCCUGAGCCUCGUCUCCUCGUCCACCUCCUCGUCCGUGUCAUCCUCCACCUCAUCGGACCCAGCCUGCACCUUCGCCGCCCUCCUCCAGGCGCUCACCUUCGUCCAUCAGCACAUGCUGGCCGUUCCCCCGAACGAGCCCGGCCUCGUGAGCAACGGGGACGGUGAUGGGGACGACGGUGACGACGGCGGCGGUGACGGUGACGACGGCGGUGACGGUGACGAUGACGGCGAUGGCGGCGGCGGCGACAGCGUUGCGUCCGUGAUGGGCUCCCUGCUGUGGGAGCCCCUGUGUGAGACGCUCAUCCAGCACUGCCUCCUCGCCAGCGUUCCCUCGGACCACGCCGGCCUGCAGGCCUACACGGAGGUCAUCGACGCUACCGGCUCGUUUGAGCGCUCGCUGCUGUCCCUGGGGCUGCUGUCGAGCGAGUCGACGGCGCUGCUGUCGUACGCCCGCGACGUCAACGCCCACUUCUCCGGCAAGAAGUGCCGUGACGGCGUGGUGCGCGCCCGCUCGCUCAUGGUCGCUCCGCUGCACGACACCGUCAAGGUCUCGGACGUGCUGGACGUCAUCUUCGCCGGGCCCUCGGCCGGAGCCGCGGCGACGGUGGCGGGCGCUUCCCCGGCGGCGGCGGUGGCGGCGGCGGCGGCGGCGGUGGCGGUGAGGCGCGUCGGCUCGACGAUGGCGGAGGGGGCGGCCGCCGGCGGCCCGGGGCUGUCCCCGGCGACCCUGCGCAUGCCGCGUUGCCGCAUCAGCCGCUCGGCGCGAGACCUCGUCCUGCUGGCUCACGGCAUCCUCGCCGAAGCCUGCAGCAGCCAGGGGCCCUGUGCCACACAACUCUUCUACGCUGUCCGAAACAUCUUCCACCUCUUCUGCGACGUCGUGCCAACCUACCACCGGGAGUCUCUGCAGAACUUCCCGCAGGUGGCCGCCAUCCACCACAACAACUGCAUGCUGCUGGCGCACUACCUGCUGACGCUGGGCCACCAGUACUACACGCGGCUUCCCUUCUCGCUCUCCGAGGGCACCUCCACCUUCGUCGACCUCGUGCCCACCUUGCGCAAACUCGGAGAGGAAGCGCUGCUGGGCCAGCUGAGCUCCCAGAAGGCCGUGCUGCAUGAGUCGCUGGGCGUCGCUCGGGGAUUCCGCAGCCUGGAGGACGACGGGAACUACGCGGCAGCGCAGCGGAGCGUCAAGCAGGUGCUGCACCAGCUGAGCCGGCUGGGCGUGGUGUGGCAGGGCGUGCUGCCCGUCAACGUCUACUGCAAGGCCUUGGGGACCCUCCUCAACACGGCCCUCACGGAGAUCACCUCCGCCGUCGCCGCCCUGGAGGACAUCUCGGCGCUGGACGCCGACCGGCUUCACGCGCUGUGCUCGGAGGUCGCCACCUCCGCGCCCGCGGCCUUCCGCCCGUGGUCGGAGGGGGAGGAGGAGGAGGAAGGGGGGGAGGGGGACUUGGGUGCGGACGACGGCGACGAGGUGAGGGCGCGGGAGGAGGAGGAGCGGAGGCUGCGCCUGCGGCUGCCGCUGCACGUGGCCGCGUGGGGGAGAUUCGCAGAGCUUCGGGGCCUCCUGCAGGGCACGCUCAGCGACAUCGUCGAUAGGUGGGCUGACGGCAAGGGCCCGCUGGCCCAGGAGUUCUCCCCCAGUGAGGUGAAGUCGCUCGUCCGGGCGCUCUUCCAGAACACCGACCGGCGCGCAGCUGCCCUCAACAAGAUCAAAUAGUGGGGGGCAGGGCACACCACACGUGGGGGGGGGGC